CACUCUUCCGAAGCCGCUCCGCCAGCUCCUCCGCCCGCAGAGCCGCCGUCGCCCGUCCGCUCCUGCAAACGCCACGCACGGCCUGGACCAGCCCCACGCCACUCCGCCAACAGCGCCUCGCUGUGCCGCCGCCUGCCGCCAUCUUCUACCUCCUUCUCCACGUCCCUCAGCCGGCCAAUGGCGGCGCCGCGGGUGCAGCACCGCGGAGGGCCCGCCCAAUAGAAAGGUGCCGCCUGAUGAGCGACAAGCGCGCUGGCCAAUGGCGGCGCGUGGGGGGUGUUUAAACCUCGGCGGCAGUUGCGAGUUACAACGAAGCAGCGGGAGCGGCGCGGCCGGGCCGGAGAAUCCACCCAGUUUGGUGGGAACCAUGGAGAAGGUGCUAAGAGCAGAGCGCGAGGAGCAGCUGGCAGCUGAUCUGAGCCCACAGAGCUCCUGGCAGAGAUGCAGCCACGUGCCAUCGUGUUUCCAGGAUGAUCCCUAUGCUGACUCAUCCAUCGCUUCUGGCACACAGCCAGCCCUUCCCAUGGAUCAGAGGGAAACCAGGAGGUUGAUGAUGAAGAGGAAGGUGCUGAGGCACAGACCUGAUGGAAGGGUAGAGGUCUCCGAUGAGUCACCAAGCAUCAAGUCAGAUAUGAACACCUAUCCAUGGAACCUGAGGCAGUCCAGGACUUAUAGGGAUGGCACCAUCUCCGAAGGGGAAACAGAAACCGCCAGCGGCACCUUGGAAGACUUCCUGCACUAUGAUGAGGAUGAUGACUGGUUCCUUGAGGACAGGCCCUACUCUCUCCGGGGGGAUUUUGGGAGCGACACUGUAUCCGAGCGCUCUGUGCCAGUGCCGCGUGGGCGACUGCCACGUGGGCGACUGCCACGUGGGCAAUCGCUCAGGGUGCCCGCUUACAUUGCUCCACAGGCUGAGAGAGUGAAGAGAACUGACCCAGUGGCCAGACUUAAUGCAUAUAGGCAAGACUGGGAAAGAUUCCGCUUUCCUGGGCAGGAUUCACACCAGGGCUUGCGCUGGGCCAUGCGGACACAGAUGCUGCAGUCGGGGCUGCCGCGCCGGGCACAGAAGCACCUCGUGCCCAACACGUAUGAGGUGCCCACGACGAAGAAGCGCGACUCCCUGCGCUUCGGCGUGCGCUGGGACCUGGCCCACUGCAAUAUGCCCCGCCGGAACACCACCUACUAAAGCCACAGCCCCGCUGCUUUCUGCUCCUCAACAUCCUCCGUAAUCUGGAAAAUCCCUCUGGUGCACUUCAAGCAUCUUAAGUUUUGGUGUGGAGGAGGUUUUCUUUGCAAUGUCUCAGCAGUACCUUUCUCAAUAAAGCAUUUGCAAAGA